CGCCUUUUGUCGAAGCUCUGCGCCAAUCUCAUGAUCCGUACUUUUUCCCCUGCCUCAGCGAAGCCCCUUGUCCCUUCCUUUCCUUUCCAAUCCUUCUCAUUUCAAUAACCUCUGCCCAUUGCUUCUUUUCCUUACUCACCCCACACUUCUGCGGUCGAGUGAACGACGGUCAAGUGCGGGCGCCGGUCUUUGAUUUGGAACGGACAAUAUCUGGCUUAGAUCUUCUCUGGGCAAAAAAUGAGAAAACGCACCGUGUAUGCAUGGGUAGUAGCUAUUGUACUCUUCAUAGUGCUGAUGAUCGUCACCCCAGCAAUUCCUCAAUCUCAAGAAUACCAUGAUUUUGCCGACAAACGCAAAUUCCUUGGCAUUCCUAAUGCACUUAAUGUGAUUUCAAAUUUUCCGUUCCUUGUUAUUGGUCUCAUUGGGCUUAUACUUUGCUAUCGUGGAUACUUUAUGUUCAGCUUGCAAGGUGAAUUAUGGGGUUGGACAUUCUUCUAUGUUGGUGUGGCUGCGGUGGCAAUUGGAUCUUCAUACUAUCAUCUCAAACCAGAUGAUAGUCGCCUUGUGUGGGAUAGGUUGCCGAUGACUGUUGCUUUCACGUCGAUAAUGGCAAUAUUCAUCAUAGAAAGGAUUGAUGAGAGGAAGGGCAUGCUUUCAAUUGUACCUCUAGUUUUGGCGGGUAUAAUAAGCAUAGUGUAUUGGAGGUUCUUUGAUGAUCUCCGUCCAUAUGCGCUGGUCCAAUUUUUACCAUGCAUUCUGAUUCCCCUUAUGGCUAUUUUGCUACCUCCAAUGUACACACAUUCAACCUUUUGGCUUUGGGCAGCAGGAUUUUAUCUUUUAGCUAAGGUGCUAGAGGCUGCGGAUAAAGUGGUCUAUGAAUGGACUCAUCAUAUUGUCAGUGGUCAUACGCUUAAGCAUUUAUCUGCAGCGUUGGUUCCUGUCUUUUUAACACUUAUGCUUGCCAAGAGGGUUAUUGACAAUGAGAGGCGAAGUUUGCUUCAAGUGUGGAGGGUUUACUGGAGCAAGGUCCAAGUAGGAAAAAGAAAUGUUGAGAACCACACAUCCUCAUACUCGGUUGUGCAGGCUGUGGAAUCUGAACAUUACAGCUGAAUGUGGGCCCUUUGUGUGGACCGAAAGUGUGGAUCCAUUGAAACAAACCACAUCUCGCUAAUUUUGGUGCAAUACAUAACAUUCACUGGAUUUAACUUCAGCAGUUUGUAUAGUUUCUGAUAUGUGAUGUAUAGAUCUAAUCAAAUUGAUAUGAAUGCUUCUGAAUGAAUGUACCUUCUGUUUCUUGCUGGUACCAGUCUAUGAUCACCCUUCAAAACCCUUGUUUACCAUUGACGCAUCUAGAAACUUUUGGUUGUAGCAAAAUAUCUAGAAGUGAAUUGUAGCAUUUUACUGAUUGUAUUUCUAUCACUUGUUGUCUUGUGAAUAAUAAUCUGACGUAAAUCUCCGAA